UCCUCCAGUCCGCCAGGGAGCGGUAACGCGCACGCACAGACACACGCGCUCUCUCACGCAGAAACACGCAAGACAUCAACUGUCAAACGGCGUGAGUUUGAUGAAAUUUCGUCUUUAAAUAAACGAUCGAGAGUGAGAGGAUGAGCUGGAGCUGUGUUAUCAUCUAUAAACCAUGAGAAUAAAGAGGAAUAACGUGACGGCGAGUUAGAUCCGCUCGAGAGAAACGCAGAUGUACUGAUAGCGGAGGAUUCAGGGGGAUUUUACGGGCGGUAAACGAUGAGCUGGCUCGGCAGAAACGCAGUGAUCGGUCUCGGUGUCGGUGUGACGAUCAGCACCGGCCUGGUCGCGUUAUUGAUCAUUAAAGAAGCCCUCAGGAGGAGAAACCGCCGUCGCCUGCUGCUGCACAACACGAGCUCCGCGUUACAGACCGAAACCGACGCUGCGGUGAGCGGUUUAUCCCCUGAGCAGCAGGUGGAGCUGAGGAAGACUCUGGAUGAGGUGAUGAAGAGCGUGUCCAGUCUGAGGAAUGAGAUCGCAGAGCUGCGGGACGGUCUGAGGGACAUCAGCACCAGCAUCGCUGAAGAUGUCAAGAAGACUGUGGAGGAGAGUCAGAGAUCGCGGCGGCGGCGCACGCUCAUGCUGAGGGAACGCUCUGAAUCCAUGAGCUCCAGCUCUAUUUACUUCACCGCCAGCGCCGGGGUCGCCAGUCUCUGUGACGACAGCGAGGUCGGGUACUCCACGGCCUAUUCCAACGCCGAGUCCGACUACACGGACAGAGAGACGGAUCGCGAGACGGAUAAAGAUGAUGAGGAUGACGGGAGGGACUCUGAGGAGGAGAGCUGCGCCACGGUGCUCACGCUGAGACAGGACGAGGAAGAGGACGAUGAAGAUGCCGGGCUGAUGGAGGACUGUUUAACAGAUAUUCCCAGCCCUGAACUCGCCCUCCUGCUCACCCAGUGUGAUCUGCUGCAUGCAGGGGAUUCUGGGAAAAAAGCAGAGGGCUUCCAGCUGCUGAUGGAGAACAGACCGCUGUAUGCUGAUAACGUGGAGUUCAUGUGGCGACUGGCCCGUGCCUGCAGUGAUAUGUGUGAGACGGCGGACAACAGAGAAGAAAAGAGAAACUACGCUGAGCAAGGUCAUUAUGAGGCAGAGGCAGCGCUGACGAGGAAUGGACUGAGCGCUGAUUGUCACAAGUGGUUUGCCAUCCUGGCGCGCGUGUCUUCACAGUACGAGAGCAUUCACGGAAAACUGAAAAGCGGUCGCGUCCUGAAGGAGCAUUUGGACCGAGCUUUGGCUCUACGUGAUGAUGAUCCCAUCUGUUUCUAUCUGCUCGGCCGCUGGUGUUUAGAGGUGAGCUCUCUGGGUUGGCUGGAGAGGAAAACUGCUGCCACGCUUUAUGAAACUCCUCCCACAUCCUCACUGAAUGAAGCUCUGGAGAACUUCCUCAAGGCAGAGGAGUUAAAUCCAGGCUUCUCCAAAACAGUCCGCCUCUAUAUCGCCAAGUGUCAUAAGGAGCUAGGAAACAUGUCAGAGGCCAGAAACUGGGUCCAAUUAGCUGUGAGCACACCAGCAGGAGCUAAUGAGGAUUCUGACAGCGCAGCUUUACAGGAGGAGCUGAAGGCUUUGAUUGACAGCACAACUGACCAAUCUAAGCAGUAGGAAUAAUUAGGAUGGGGUUUAAUGCUAACUGUCAUCUAAUGUUUUUAUGUUUUACCUGGUAUGUGCUCUAUUUAUUUAAUGUUGUUUGCAGAUGUGCAUUGUUAAAACAUUUCCAGUAACUAAAAACAAAACUAAAUAUUAUAUAUUAAAAGUUAUUAUUUUUCACAUCUUCUUCAUUAAACUGCAUUUCAUUCCUUACAAAAGAUGAAGGUAACUUGAUUAUUAAAUAUCAUUCCUAAUUUUUAUAUUUAAACAUGCUGUGAAAUUAAGCAUUUAAUUGUUUAAUCAAUUACAAAAUGACUGAUUUCGUUUUGACAUGAUGUGAAUUCCUGAAAUAUGACAAUAAAUGGCAUAAUUAUCUCA